GCAGACAUCUCAUUACCCAACUAAGCAAUAUCAUCAGUGCUAGAAGAGAGGGGGGUUUGCAGAGGGGAGGAGAGAGGGGAAGGAGGAGGAGGAAGAGGAGGAAGAGGAGGGGGGGAAGGACAACGACUGUGGGAUCCUUGGUGCUGUCUGAGCUUGGUUAUUUCCAUGCAGACAUCUCAUUACCCAACUAGGCAACCUCAUCAGUACCAGGAGGAAGUGAGGUUACAUUUAACAACUGUCCUCAGCUCUCUAUACACGUGGCAAUUCAAAAGGGAUGAAUUGAGGGGAAUCUGCACAUCGUUCAGUAUCUUCUGCAUCACUUCUUCGUUCUCUGUGAUGCCAGGGCAAAUUUUGCUAACCCUUCCUUCCUUCCUUCCUUUUUUCCUCCGAUUCCCGAUUUAUCCCCUUUUUCUUUUUUUACUUUUUCUUUUCUCAGAAAGGGAAAAACAAGGAGGGGAAGAAAGAGGAGAAAUCCCACAAAGGAAAAUCCCACGGCAAAGAAAAGCCCACUUCCGCUCAAAGCGUAAUUGUAAAUGUGUUUUCUCCCAUCCCGGAAGAGAAAGAAGCAGCCAUUGGGCCUCCGCCAGGAAGUGAGCUGGAUAAAAGCCUCAGUACUCCAAUGAAGGAAUUAGCAGAAAAGCUCGAGAGAGAGAAAAACGAGGAAAAAGACAAGCUCAAUCUCUGGAUGAGUCAGAUGUACAUUUUCUUUGUCAAAAAGUUUUUUGCCAGCUACAGGGACUUGCAGCUGGUGAACAAAACCAUCGUCGAGAACAGAGCUCGAGAAGUCGAGCUCUUAAUCCUGAGGAAAAAACAAGAGGAGGAAGAAGAGGCCAAGCUCAAGGCUCUGAAGGAGGCCGAGGAGGCCCGAAAAUUAGAAGAAGCGGCGGCUGAAAAAGCAGCUUUGGAACUGGAGGAAAAUCUGACUCGAGAGAUGGAGGAAAAUCUCAGCCAGGUCCAAUCCCCUCCGAAGGAAGAUUCUCCUACUUUGCUUCAGAGCACGGCCGGCAACAAGGCAGCCAUGCAAUGGAAGAAGAAGAAAAAGUGAGAGGAGCCGCACGGCCACCAUUACAGCCAGUCCUCGACCUACGACCGCCAUUGAGCCCAGCACUUCUGUCGCUGAGCGAGGACAGCCGCUGAGUUUUGCCCCAUUGGGCGACCUUUCUUGCCACAGUUCUUAAGCGAAUCACUGCGGUCGUUACAAGUUAGUAACGCGGCUGUAAAACGAACCUGGCUUCCCCUGCGACCUUUUGAGUUUGCUUGUCAAAAGGUCACAAAAAAGAACCACACACGACUCCGGGACGCCGCAACCGUCAUAAGUACAUGCCAGUUGCCAAGCCUCUGGAUUCCGAUCACGUGACCACGAAGGAUGCUGCGACGCGGUCGUUAAAAAUCAUGAAGUCACUUAGUCGUAAGUUCAUUUAGUGACCAUUUGAAGUGAACAAUGGCACUGAAAAAAAAGCGACUUAUGAUAGUUUCUCACACCAGCGGCCACUGUAGGAUCCCCCAGGGUCCCGUUAUAUCAAAAUUCAGACGCUUGGCCACUGGUUCAUAUUUACGACGGUUGCCGUAAUCCAGGGUCACAUGAUCCCCUUUUACGACCGUCUGACAAGCAAAGUCGGUGGGGGAGCCAGAUUCACUUAACAGCCGCACUGCUAACUUAACAAUGGCAGCGAUUCACUUAACAACUGUGGCAAGGAAGGUCGUAAAACGGGGCGAAACUCACUUAACAAACGCCUUGCUUAGCAGCAGGAAUUUGGGGCUCCAUGGCGGUCCUAAGUCAAGGACUUCCUGUGCUUACAGGCCGUCAAAACAUCACAAGG